CGCGCCGUCCCACUGCGCGUCCUCGUGCUCGGCCAGUCGCGCACAGGCACCUCUUCCAUGCGCGCAGCCCUAAAAAUUCUCGGCCACGACGAAGUAUUCCACUUCAUGCACCUCUUCGAGAACCCACUCCAAACACCUCAAUGGGAGCGAGCCUUCCAGGCCAAAUUCGAGCCCGACACCUCCCCACCAUUCACAAAAUCCGAUUGGGAUGCUCUUCUCGGGCACUGCUCCGCUCUGACCGACACGCCAUGCCACAUCUUCGCCGAAGAGCUGGUCACAACGUACCCGGACGCGAAAGUCAUUCUAACGCUGCGUGAUAAUGCCGUUUGGUUAUCUGGAUAUCUGGAUAUCAUGCACCGGUGUAUGGUCCGGUACACUAGUCUGGGUCGAAUCCCAGAGGAGGGCCGGCAGUACUACGAGAAGCGGAAUGAAGCGGUUCAUCGACUGGUGCCACCUUCGAAUUUACUGGUGUUCAAUGUGAAGCAAGGCUGGGACCCACUGUGUCAAUUGCUAGAGGUUGAUGUGCCAGAUGUUCCGUUUCCGCGGCUUUUUGAGGCUGAACAAUUC